AUGAUCUUGUUUUCAAUGUUCUAUACCAUCACAGCGUUCAUUCAAACCAUCAAAGCCUUUAUCUCCACUGAUCCAUGUGAUCUUUCCGUCAUUCCAUUCUACCAUAAACGUCUAUUAUCCGCAAUCUCUUUCCUUCUAGCUGUCUCCACAUCUUCCCCAUUUUUGAUUACAAUCGAACGAUAUUAUGCUAUGAAAACUGCUGAAAAAUAUGAGAAGACUCCUGUUAUUUUGGGACCCAUAUUGGUUGGAAUUAAUACUUUGGUAAACUUUGGAAUCAUGUACAAUAUAUUCAAAGAUGAAUCGUUUAGCGAUCCUUCAGUUUCAUUUUCAGUUUAUCCACCAGCGGCUGCUCAGAAUAUAUUCACAUUCUCUGCUAUUCUCUUCUUCCUAAAUUUCAUCGAUGUCCUCUUCGAUAUAAUCCUCCUUCGGCAGAAUCUUCGACUCAAAAAACUUCUAACCAACUCCUCUCUCACCGCCAAAUAUCAGCUGGAAGAAGUAUAUCAAUCGACUAAAUUUUCAGUUUUUCUGAUUCUAAUCCAUAUUACUUCAUUCGGAGUCUAUGUCUCGGCUGUGGUGUUUUUCAGAUAUUUUGGAUCUUUGAUAAUUUCUGAUCCAUAUUAUUUGUUCGCUGUGAGAAUCAUGUGUUCGACGGUACGACUCCUCCGAGCGACGCAGCUUACUAGGGAAGGAUCCCGAGUCGAGCUCGACCAGGGAUCCUUCCCUAGUUAG